CACAUUCCCGCCAUCAUCACGCGUUGAUGCGAGGCGUAGCGCACGGGUUCACUGUCAACAACAUAGAAACCGGAGAGCAGGUGAAUGCCGGCAAAACAAACUUCCUGCUCUCGGACGACCUACAAAGAGGAUACUGUAUUUGACAAGUCUGACGACUAGUCUAAUAUUAUCGACAGCAGAUUUGUUUUUUGACAAGUCCACAUCUGCCAAGUGCACCAUCAGGAAAGUAAGCCAUGGCAACCUUAGUGCCCAAACUCUCCAGUGGUUGCGUUAUCAGGAUCCGCUGCACCAGCCAAGAUCUGGGCACUACCAAAUGGAGAGAGGGAACUUUUGAGAUUCUGGAAAAGGACAACAAAGUUAACCUGUGUCUAAGAUUCAGCUGUGGUGGAGCCUGCAAGACCUUCCAGCUGAACCAGAAUGUGAAAAGUAUUUCCCUGGUGGCAAGCCGGAUCGUGUUGUCCUUAAAAGACAACAUUGUCAUCACCUUGGAUAAGUUGCCCAUGUCUUUGGCUCAGAGGACAAAAGAAUACCUGGAAAAGCUGAAGCAGGGAAAGUCAGGAGUUUUAAAGUCAUUCCAUGGAAGUGCAAACUUCAGCAUACUUGGUAACCGUGCUAUGAAAAAUGAGAGCAGCCCAUCAGGGGACAAACAGUCUCCUAACAUGUUUCAGACAACACCAAGGCGGCAGAGUGCAGAAGGCCGAGAAGACACAACACCACGGAAACCUCUGAGUAGCCCGAGCAGAGCAGUGUCCACACCCACUCGCACCGGACUGUCUGAAAAUAGGAGUGAGAAGAGAAAGAGACUCCUGACCUCCGACAGCGACCUCACCGAGGACUACCCCAAGGAAAACGACUCCUCAAGCCACAACAAGGCCACUUCAGACCCAUCCAGAAAGUUUCUUUUGAGCUGCAAAGAAAAGCUGAAGCAAGCUGAAGAGAACAGGAGCUCAGCUCCGCUGGGCGCAGCCCCACUUCAGCCAACGUCAUUCUACGGUAGCCGAUCUGUAACUAAAGACUACGGACAGAGCCAUUCUUUUCUGGACAGACCUGCCAGUACUGGACAGACCUCCACAGCCAAGAGAAGCCUUAUUCUCCCCAACCACUCCACUCCCUUCAAGAAAGCACGACCCUCUUUGGACUACGGUGGCUGGAACAAGCAGAGACCCACCACUCUGUCUCAGUCACAGCCCCCACUGCAAGGCUUUUCCAAUCUGGGGAACACUUGCUACAUGAACUCCAUCCUACAGUCCCUCUUCAGUCUCCCCUCGUUCUCCAACGACAUGCUCAAACAGAGCAUCCCGUGGAAGAAGGUGCCCAUCAAUGCCUUGCUCAGACGUUUCGCUCACCUUAUGGCCAAGAAGGACGUGGGCUGUCCAGAGACGAAAAAGGACCUGUUGAGGAAAGUGAAGAAUGCCAUCUCUUCCACAGCUGAGCGUUUCUCUGGAAAUAUGCAGAAUGAUGCUCAUGAGUUCUUGAGUCAGUGUUUGGACCAGCUGAAGGAUGAUGUGGAGAAGAUGAACAAGAGCUUUGCAAACGAUGCUUCCACAUCAUUGUCGUGUGACAGCAGUCAGGAGGCCACAUCAUUGGCAGUCAGGGUAGAACCUGGCGAAGAGGCAGACACCUCCCGCAUCUACACCUGCCCUGUGGCGGCCAACAUGGAGUUUGAGGUGCAACACACCAUCACCUGCAAAGGCUGUGGUGAGGUGGUGACCAAACGGGAGCAGUUCAACGACUUGUCCAUCGACCUGCCUCGCAGAAAGAAGACUCUGCCACUUCGUUCCAUUCAGGACUCUCUGGAUCUCUUUUUCAGGAUGGAAGAGAUUGAGUACUCGUGUGAAAAGUGCAAUGGGAAAGCCGCAACAGUUACUCAUAAAUUCAGCAAACUACCCAGAGUGCUCAUCCUGCACCUAAAACGUUACAGUUUUAACGCUCAGCUGUCCCUGAACAGCAAACUGGGCCAGCAGGUGGUGAUCCCUCGAUACCUGACGCUGCUGUCGCACUGCACCGAAUCUACAAGACCCCCCAUUAGUCUCGGCUGCCAAGCAUCCAUGUCCAAAACACUUAAAACAUCACACUCGGUCAGCUCCUCUACAGGAUCUCUACGAAGGACUGGAGGUAAAGUUGGCAACAACAUCUGCACUUCUAUACUUUUGGACUCUGACUGUGAAGAGGACCUGAACAGAAAGGUGAACGCAAGCCGCAAACGACGUCUCAGCAUCUGUCUGCCUGAAGACGAUAACCAUCUAGAGGAGAGGGGAGCAGCAAUGGACCCUGCAGAUUUCAAUGGUAUAAACGAUGAUGAAAUGAUGGCUGCUGUGUUGGAGAUGAGCCGCCAAGAGGCUGGGCUUUCUGCGCCACCUCCCCUGGAGGAUGAGCCAACGAGUAGCCCUGAUACGGGGUUCGGGGACACAGAUGUCCAUGACCUGGCCUACAACAAAGAUCCACUGGAAACAGACAACAAACAGCCUGCAGAUGUGCUGGAUUCCCUGGAUUUGACCAUGGAUGAAAAUAAGGAGAACCAGACUCCAGAAGGCGUGCAGCAGCAGGGGGAGUUGGACUGGGUCCAGCAGUACAGUUAUGAUCAGGAGAGGGAGGAACAGGAGCUGCAGCAGGCUCUGGCCCAGAGCCUCCAGGAACAAGAAGCCCAAGAGAUGAGAGAAGAUGAUGAUCUGAAGAGGGCCACUGAGCUCAGUUUGCAAGAGUUUAACAACUCUCUGACUGAGCUGCUGUGUUCAGAUGAGGAUUCUGGAAAUGAAGAUGUGCUGGAUAUGGAGUACACUGAAGCAGAAGCAGAGAACCUGAAGAAAAAUGCCGAGACCGGAGAAUUGGCCAACUCUUACAGACUCAUCAGUGUUGUCAGUCACAUCGGGAGCAGCUCCUCUUCUGGUCAUUACAUCAGUGACGUCUAUGAUAUGAAGAAACAGUCGUGGUUGACCUACAAUGACCUGGACGUGUCGCGCACACAAGAAUCAGCUGUCCAGCGAGACCGUGACCGCAGUGGAUACAUCUUCUUCUACAUGCACAAAGAUGUGUUUGAACAGCUGUCUGAGAUGGAGCGAUCUGGAGCCAGCGGCACAUCAGAGGCAGGAAGGAACGUCCUGCAGCCCCUCUGAGCUCUACAUCUUUGAACGGCCACACAUCCACACACUCAUCCACAGCCGACCCCCUGCUAGACGGAGCUGUCCUGUGAUCAACCUUCUGUACUACUGAUUGCCGUCCUGUCUUUGGUCGUCUUCAGGCCCUUCUUUUUGCCUCUACCAAUCACUAAAUGCCAGGCUAAAUGAACACCUGUUUAUGCCAACACAGGUGGGAAACCGUUAUUAAAGACUCUUUAAGACACCUGAAAUGCAGUUAAAAACAUGUUCAGUGGAUCAAAUUUUUGCCUCCAUGUUUUUUAGGCUGAAGUUUUUCUUUUUAUCAGUUUUGUAAAUUUUUUUUUUUACAUUUGUUUGGCCUUUUGUUUCUACAUCUUCAAAAAAAAACCUUUCACUUAAAAAUGAUCAAUUACCAGAUGCUACUGGUGCUGUGUGGAUUGUAUAUUUGCAGACCCUUUAUUUCCCAUAAAAACUAAAUAAAGAUAUAUUCUAUGUUGGAGAAUAAGCUAUUAUAGAGUAAGAGGGUUGCUGUGCUUAGCGGGUACAUUUGGUGCAAUAUUUAUGUGACGGCACAAAGUGGCCAGUUCAGAUCAGCUUUCGGUUCGGUGUGGAUGGUUUCCCAGUUGCUUUUUGUGUGUGUUUGACUUGCAAUCUGAUUUGUUGGUGUGAAUAUUUCCAUAUUUUAAGAUAUGUGAAUGAAAUCUGUUACCAGGCUUUUCUCA